AAACCGGCGACAGUUUCGAUUGCUUCGCUCAACGGAGAGGACCGCGAACGAGUGGGAAUACCAAAAGCCAUGGAGUCACAGCAACAGGAUGUCCCAGUGUAUGCCAAUUACGAGGAUAUGCGCAACUCCGGACCGACUAGCUCCACGGCCUACAUGAUCAACAUGGGACCCGGUGGAGUACCACCCGAGCAGCCACAGCCACGCAAGCGAUCUGGAACCACUCAGCAAUAUCGAGGUUUCAAGACAUCAGAAAACGAGCCGCGCGGCUGCAUGGAGUGGCUGGUGACGCUCCUCUCCGUUCUGGUCUUCAUCAUCACCUCGCCCAUUGCCAUCUUCAUUUGCUUCAAGGUGGUGGCAGAGUAUGAGCGGGCCAUCAUCUUCCGAUUGGGUCGUCUCAGUGGCGGUGCCCGUGGUCCUGGCAUGUUCUUCAUCCUGCCCUGCAUCGAUGAAUACCGCAAGGUGGACCUACGCACGGUCACCUUCAAUGUGCCACAGCAGGAGAUGUUGACCAAGGACUCGGUGACAGUCACUGUGGAUGCGGUGGUCUACUAUCGCAUCAGUGAUCCACUCUAUGCGGUGGUUCAAGUGGAGGACUAUAGCUUGUCCACCCGCCUGCUGGCAGCCACCACUCUGCGGAACAUUGUGGGCACCAGGAAUCUCUCGGAGCUGCUCACCGAAAGGGAAAUCCUUGCCCACCACAUGCAGGCCACUCUGGAUGAGGCCACCGAGCCCUGGGGCGUUAUGGUGGAGCGCGUGGAGAUCAAGGAUGUCUCUCUGCCUGUGUCCAUGCAGAGAGCUAUGGCCGCUGAAGCCGAGGCUGCCCGUGAUGCCCGCGCCAAGGUGAUUGCCGCCGAGGGUGAGAAGAAGUCUGCCACUGCCUUGAAGGAGGCCUCCGAUGUCAUAUCCUCCAGUCCUUCAGCUCUGCAGCUUCGUUACUUGCAAACUCUGAGCAGCAUUUCAGCGGAGAAGAACUCCACGAUUGUGUUCCCACUGCCCAUGGAACUGUUGACUCCGUAUCUGGCCAAAUAUGCACAGAUGAUGCCAUCGCCACCACAGCUGCCGGAAAAGUCCGACGCCACGCUGAUCAAUGCAGCGGCCGCCUGGCCAAAGACCAAUCUGUAAUGAAACCCAGAGAUCGUAAAUAUUUAGUAUUUCUACCAUUUUUUUUAU